AGAGCCCCACAAUAGGCGAGGCUGGGGAGCCGCGCGGUCCGGGAACUUUCCCCGGGGUCGGCGGAGGCUCGGCCGUGCCAUGGAGGAGGGGGCUAGCGCCGCGCCCCCGCUCUUGAACUGGGACUACCUGGAGCGCUGCUUCGCCCGCCGCCGCGUCUGCAUCUCCUUCGGCCUGUGGAUCUGCGCCGCCUGCUGCUGGAUCGCUGCCCACACGCUGUAAUGGGGACGGGACCCGCGCGAGGGGUGGCGGGCCACCCGCGGGGGCGACUGGGCGUCACUCGCCUCGGCUCCUCUAGGAAGCCUAGGGGGAAGGGGCGUACAGGGGGCGUCCUGCAGGUAGCUCAAGUCCGAGUUCGGAUCUGACAUUGCUAUGUGGACUGAAGUGGAGUCCUUUCUGGACUCCGCGCACCGGGGAAGCUGGGCUGCGAGCCGGCAGCAGGAGGCUGGGUGGUGCAGUGGAUGCGGGCUUGGAACAGCUUCUAUUGUCAGCCUUUUCCUGGUUGUUGGCGGUGUGAGGGGAGCAAGUGUAAGCCUUUGGGUCUCCUGUGAAUGAGGAUAUGCCUCAUAAAAUGAAUGUGAGGAUUAAAUAAGGCAUAGCAGGCAAAGGACUUAAUACGUGCUCAUUAAACACCAUUACCGCUCUGGCUCUACCACCCACCCUUAGGGACCCUAGCAAGUCCCUCGAUGUUUUCUACUUUUAAUUUAUCCAAAGCUCUUUAUGCCAAGAGGUGAGGCAGUGGUUAUCUGACUCUGGCCACAGUUUUUGCUUUUGUCUGUCUCCCGGUGGUUUGGCCAGGCAAUCCCUGUAGCCUGGGUUCUGUGAGAGCAUAGCCUCCAGGUCUUCAGCCACCCUGUCCCCACGCACAGAAACCCAGAGACAGUUUCCAGGGUGGUGCCACCCAAGUAUACCCAGGCGGGGGAGAGUGUACAGCAUCCCUCUAUCCCGACUCCUGCAACUGGCUCACCUUAGCGCUCGGUGGACAACCCCCUCAAGACUGUCUGUAGUGGUUCAGAGAGUCAGCAGUCCAUUGCCUAGAGACUGGAGUCCAGGACAGACACUCUGGGCCUGAGUUACAUUUCUUCGUCCUCUUGCUCCUCGCCUGCCCCUGUCCCUAAGGCAGGUGCUGUUAUCAAUCGGAUGAGGAGCCUGCUUCCUGAGUGAAUAAUAAUCCUGCCUGUGACUCAGGAUUCUCUACCUGAGAUGCACAAAGAAGUGUAGCCAAGACCAGUCGACACUGUGCGCUGCGUUCUGCCUCCUAACGAGUCUGUGUGACACCGUGGGGGCGAUUCUGGCCAGGCAGCUCACGAUCCAGGUGUUCACUGGGGCCUACCUAGCAGCUGUCGAUUUCAUGAACUUCAUGUUCACUCUCUUUCCUGUCUGUGGAUCCAAAUCCAAGUCCAAGUCCGGUCAGAGCAGCAGGGAGAGGAGAAGAAGGCAUCUGAGAGCCAGUGUGUUCGCCCUGGCUCUGCCUCUGAGCCUGGGUCCAGGCUGGGCAAUCUGGACCGCUAUCCCCAAGGCUCCAGCCCCAGUCCGUGGGCCACAACGGAGGCUCCUGGGAAGCCUUCUGCAGGAAAACCCGGAAGUCUUCGGCUACCUGCUGGGUGCUAUUGCUGCCUUUGGCUCCUGGGCAUCCCGGAUCCCUCCAUUCUCCAAUAUCUGUCGGGGCAAGUCACUCUCCUAUAUCCACCUGUGGACCCGGUUCCUGUCAGCUCUGGCUGGUCUCCUCUACGCCUCGGCCAUCGUGGCUCAUGACCGGCAGCCUGAAUACCUCCUUCAGGCCACACCCUGGUUCCUGAUUUCACUGGGCCGAGCUGCGCUGGACCUUGCUAUCAUCUUUCUGUCCUGCGUGAUAAAGAGCAGGAUGAGCCGAGCCUUCAGAUUUGCUACAGCUGAAGCCAGAGAGAGUGCCGACACACAAGCCCUUUUGACCUGUGCAGAGAAGGAAGAAGAAAACCAGGAGGCCAGGACGGAGGACAAGAACUCAGACUGGGUGCCUCUGACCAGCCUGUCACACUGCAAGCCCCUGAGGACAAUGACAGCCAUCAGUCGCUACAUGGAGCUGACCAUUGAGCCUGCCCAGCAGGCAGGCUGUAGCGCCACCAGGCUGCCCGGUGACGGGCAGACAAGCACCAGAGACGCCGCCUCGCAAGAGCCUCCCUCAUACCCUCCCAUCCAGGUCAUCCAGGCCAGAGUGUCUUCCAGCAGCUCCUCCGAGGUCUCCUCCAUCAACUCGGACCUGGAGUGGGACCCUGAAGAUGUCAACCUUGAAAGGAAAAAGGACGGGGAACUCCUUAGAGUGCAGGUGCGCAGGGCCUCUUUGAGCCCCGUGGAUUUGGCCUCUGAUGACUAACAUCUUCGGGAGCCAAGCCAUCAGCUCGGAACUCAAAGUCGGGAGUCUGUCAGUGACUAGAUGGGGACCAACCUAUGAGGCCACCCAGGUCAGGAAUGGAAGCUGCUACAGACACUCCUCAGGGAGUGAGGAGCCCUGACCUGUCACCUAGCAUGGCUAGUCUACACCAUAGCUCAAAAUGGAGCUGGGGACCCUGGGGACAGAUCUACACAUGCCCAGUUCACAGAAGAGCCUGUUUGUAAAGAUGAGCUUUCUUCCAAAUGACAGGGGAUCUAGUCCCACGCGAUUCAAACAUAAAUAUUGUUUGCUUAACAAUGGGAUCGAACUCACCAAGAGCUACCAUUUGGACCUCAGCGGAAUGCAUUCUUCAAGACUCCCCUAAGCCCAGGUGGAAGAGUGGGUCCACCAGCUCGGAGACCUGGGUAGAUGUACAGGAACUGGCUUCUGCCAUCCAGUUAACAGAUCGUUGGCAGGACAAAGGCAACUACCGCCUGCUCUGGAGCAGCAGGACUCCCUCCAGGCUGGCAAAAUGUAUGCUGAGGCUGGGUGACGGGGUCUCACGUGCUUUAUCGGGUAGCAGAAAGCGUGCUUUGCAUACGGACACAACUCGAAGUGCACUUCCAUCCUUGGACAGGCGAUUUGAGGAUGAUUUUAAUAACGUGACCACGAGUGAGGGAAUGAGUAAAGGGAAUGAGGCCAGGCAGGAGCGAGCACUGGGGGUGAAUAAAUUUUGACCGAAUGAGUUAAAACCGUCUCACGGUGGAGAACAGGAGUCAGCCUGAAGCCCAGCACAGAGGGCUGCCACGAGGGGACCUGGGAACAAUGCCAAGGCAUACAACUCUGCCCGCAGCUGGCCCAUGACCCAUCUGUGACUCAGCCGCAGCUGCCCAGUUUCUCCUGAGGGCAAGUCCCAACAGUGUGACGACUGGGGUGCCAGUGGAGAUUGGUUGGUCAUGCAGGUUUCUGCAUGGUUCCUAAGCCCUUGGGUGACCUCUAAACUGGAAUUCAAAGCCACUUUAUCUGCUCUGGGCUCUCGGCUCUCUUGUGAGGUGGCUUGCUUAAGUCAGCUCUGCUCUGUCGUCUUACCCACUGAAACCACUGUGAGGAGUGGACCAUGGGGGGAUGUGGUGAAGUGGAACACUCCAGCCCGGAACAUUCAAAUCUAGAGGCAGGGAAGGGUGGAGAUCUAGUCAAGGAAGGAGAAACCUGACGUGGCCGGCAUGACUGGUGUGACAUGGUUUUGUAAGGAGAGAGCUGGAAAAGAGCGGGCUGUGGAGGUUAGGGGGCUAGUGCUGAGCCCUGUAGCCAGGCAGGACACCAAAGCAGGAAGGUGACCGACUUGCUCACGCAGACUACAAUUAGUGAGUUCCUCACCCCUGACUUUUCAAGAAGCAGAAAUGUGGUCAAGGGUACAGAGUAAACAUGAGACACGUGCUUCAAGUACGUUCCUUAAACAAACAAACAAACAAAACCAGGGACUGUAAGAGGCCAAGAUAACCUCAAAAUCAUGGCCUUCCUACCUGGCAGCAUUGCAAGUGCUGGGAUUGCAGGCCCCAGCAGCCGUGCCCAGUCUUUCACUUUACAGAUGAGGACACACGUUUAAAUACAGUAUCCAAAGUAUCAGCCUCACAAGUAGAAGUGGCCAUAAUCCAUGAUAAUGAAGGCCCUGCUUAAACUCCUGGAGUCUGAGGUAUGUUACCUGCCAGAGACGUCUGGGUGAUUUAAGGAGAGCUCUUGUUACUAAGUUGUCUUAAAAGUUUGCCUGGAGGGCUGCGGCUUAGCUGGGCGAAUGCUUUCCUAACACGUGCAAGGCCCUGGCUUGCAGUGCAGCAUAAGGGGUAGGAUGAUAGACACCCGGAGUCUGGGAAGUGGAGGCAGCAGGAUUAGAAGUUCAAGGUCAUCUAUCUUUAGCUCUGUAGCAAAGGUUGGCAUGAGAUAUAUGAGACCCUGGAGGUGGGGGGAGAGAACAACUGUGCAGACCUUGAAGAACUAAUCCCCUUAAAUCCAUCCAGUCACUCCAGGAAGAGGUCAUGAGGACCAUCUGAUGAUCUAUGCACUGCUGUUACACUGAGAAAUGAGUUACUAGUUUGGGAAGCUCUGGGUGGAGGAAGGGGCGUGGCUGGUCUCCUGUGCCGGGCCUGAAUAAGUGUGCCGCCCUUUCCCUGCUGAGUCAUGGUUUUCCCUGUCUUUAACAAGAAAGGCCAAGCCUAGUGGCUCACACUUUUUGGGAAGCUGGGACAGGAGGGCUUCCACAAGUUAAAGGUCAGCCUGGCUACUAAGACCCAGUCUCAAAAGACCCACAAACCAGGCUGGGUGUGGUGGCUCAUUCCUUUAAUACCAGUAUCUGGGAGAGAGAGAGGCAGAAGGAUCUCUGAGUUCAAGGCCAGCCUGGUGUACAGAGUUCCAGGUGAGUUCCAGGACAGCCAGGGCAACAUAGUGAGACCCUGUCUCAAACAAAACAAAAAACAACCACCACUGAGCUGGGGAUAUAACUACAGGUCGAUGGUAGAGCACUUCCCUAACAUGCAGGAGCCCUUGGGUUCCAUCCCCAUCGUGAAAAUAGACUUCCUUUUUUCUCUCAUAACUAUGCCAGUCAGCAGUUCACACGUAAGACUAACAUCUCUACACACAUCCAGAAAGACACGCUACAUGAAGGUAAAUUUCAUAUACACCUUGAAAAUCUGUUUCAAUUUAUUUACUUAUUAUUAUUUUUUAAUUAAUUGGUUGGUUGGUUCUCCUGAGCCUGGGUUUCUCUGUGUAGCCCUGACUGUCCUGGAACUUGUUCUAUAUGGCCUCGAGUACUGAGGUCCGCCUGCCUCUGCCUCCCAAGCGUCCUUGGAUUAAAGGCGUUCGCCACCAA